CUGGAGAGGCCACGCUGUAGUGCACAUGGUACUACAGGAAGUAGCGCUAGACUCAGAGUUGGUACCUGCGUUUCCAUCUGCCGAGAGUAUCGCAUUGUUUUGGGACUAGGAGAGUGUCUCGCUAUGGGAGGGCAAGCUAAGGGCAAGAAACACGGCAAGGCCAGGAGGAGGCGGCCGGAGAGAACAGGAGGGAAUGAUCUUUCUGGUCUGCCAGCGGAAGAGAGAAUGAAAAUGAAAAUGCAAAACAGAGCUAAGAAAAAGACAGCUGAAAAAUAUACAGUGCACCAGCUACUGGAAAAGACUGAAGAGUACCUGGAUAAUUUUAAUUAUGAAAUGGCACAGCUUUUCUGCCAGAGAGCCCUGGACAUGGACCCCACCAACCUAGAUAUAUUGGAUAUGAUGGGCAGCAUCUGUAUGGAGCUGGGGCAUGCAGAGAAGGCAAAACAAGUGUUCUUAAAAACUGUAGAACUCAGUCCCGACAAAGGGCAUGCCAAAUAUAUGUACCUUGGACAGAUCCAUUGCAAGGAGGAAGCACUUCACUAUUUUAAUAAAGGAAUAGAAGUUAUGCUUGGUGCUUAUCAGAGCCAAACAGCAUCGGCCAAGGCAGCUGGCUUCCCUGAUGAAAUGGAAGUAACUACAAAGGAUAUCGCAGCUGCUUUCUGCUCUGUUGCUGAGAUUUACUUCACUGAUCUCUGCAUGGAAGAAGCAGCCAGUGAGCGAUGUAAGGGAGCUAUUCAGAAGGCAUUAGAAUAUGACCCAACCAAUUCUGAAGCCCUUCAGUUAAUGGCUAGUUAUCUCUUCAGCAUGGAUCAACCACAGGAGGGAAAGGAAAAUCUGAUGAAGAGUUUGACAUCAUGGCUACCAAGUCUGCAGAAAAAAGAGGCAGAAAUGCAAGGAGAUGGCACAGAGGAGCUGGCAGAGCCUGCCUUACCGCCAUAUGAAUCCAGAAUCACUACAGCAAAAUUACUGACAGAAGCAGAAGAAUUUGAGCUUGCAUCCGAGGUCCUUGAAGCCCUCCUAGAAGAGGACGAUGAAGUUGUCCAGGUAUGGUAUCUGUUGGGAUGGGUAUUCUAUCUUCAAGCCAAGGCACCUGAUGAGGAUGAAGCGUUCAAGGACUCUGCCAGGACGUAUCUAAGAAAAGCCAAAAAGCUCUACCUCAAGCUGAAGUCUGACGAUUCCGAACUCAUGGAACAUGUCGAACAACUGCUAAGUGAGCUGGGUGGGGAGGAAGGUUUGGAAGACUCGGAUGCUGAGGACGAUGCCCUUGAGGAUGUGGAGGAUGAUUUUCUGGAAAGCAGCGAGGAUGAAGCUAUGGAGAGCUGAAUACAUACUCUAAUGCCUAUAAAGCAACAUCAACUGUAGUGGCAUAAUAAAGGCAACAUUUUAUUUACAAAAGCUGCCGCUAUUAAUAAGGAUCUCCACCUCUAAUUUCAUUACUUGCAUAUGUAAUUCUAAGCAACUUUCCAAAAACCAUUCAUUAAAAAUAUUCCAUGUUACUUGGAAAUAUAAUUACUAUAUCCAUAUCAGUAUCUGAGCCUUUCUUUUCUCUCCACUGAUGGUUUUGCCUUUCAAAAUGAUGUAAACGUAAUUGUUUUGUCCCUUUCUAUUCUUUGUACUGCCGAUUCCGCUUCUUGAAACAGUGUAGCAGAGACCAGCUGAUUAACUGACCUGGAGCAGAACCAGUGCUGCAAGGACUAACAGACUACUUUCAAUUGCAAUUGCAUUAAAAAAAAACAACUAUCAAUCCAGAUUUGGCAUUAAUGUAUUGGAAAGUUGAUUAGAUUGCACAUUGUGAAAAAAAUGGAUUAGCAGCACAUUCACUGCACCUAAAAUGUGUAUUUUUGAUAUCAGAUUCUGCAGUUCUUCCUUUAUCAUAAGACAGUUACAAAUACAAAAUCUGCUGUAA